AUGGAGACUACAAUGUUUUCAAGAAGAGCGUUAGUCCUUCUAGCCAUAUGGCUAGACCUUGUCUUUCUGGCCUCGACAGACCAAUGCGAUGGAAACCACCACGAUUGCUCAAUGACGAAGGAAGAUUGUGGCAAGUGCGACGACAGACACUGGUUCUCCAGUGACGCCAACUGCAUGAAAUGUCCCAAAUGCGAUGCUGGCUGGGGUCUAGAGCAGUCAUGUGGGAAUGGAAAAGGGAAUGAUUUAUUCAUCGGCUGCAUUCCCUGUGACCAUGACAAACAUCUCUAUAGCGACAAAUACGAUGACAAACAGUGCAAGAGCAGCCCGAAAUGUCAUGAAUUCUACCGUGCCUACAUUAAAGUCGCCACCUCUGAAUCGCCAGCCAUAUGCGGGGACUGUUUGAAUGGGUACUUCAUCCCAUCCUAUAUGGACUUUCACCCGGAUCGGAUCACUGAAUGCGAUCCGUGUAGUCUAGCAACUUCAGAUGAGGAUUUGCGUGUAUGCAGUGAAGGUGUUACUACCGUAGAAUAUGAAGAGGAACGUGCCAACACCAGUUUUAGCAAUACAAGGGGAACUAGAAAUGAGACGUCAACUGAUCAACCAUAUUCUUCAAAAGACCCUCCGAAAUCGUUUCUUUUGUCGACGGAGGCAAAAGCUGGCAUACUCCCUGCAGUUAUCGGCUCGGCCGUUUUUGUACUCUUCCUUGUUUUACUUGUUACCGUUGUGUUGAAGAUACGUGGAAUACUAUGUCUAGAAGAAAGCGGGGGUGUCCGCAGUACCUCCUCAAGUCAAAGCGAUGAUGUUGAACUCAGAUUCCUCGAGAGCAAAGAAGAUGAUGAAAAUGGUGUAGAAAAUUCCAACAAACCAUUCAUUCAUGUGAAUAUAUUAGAUGAAAGUAGCAGCGUUGACAUUCAGAAACUGAAACAAUUUGAAAGUAUCGGGGAACGUAACGGACUGAUUCAAAAAGCAAAUGAAGUACGGACUGGGGUAAUACGUGAUGAACUGCACAAAACAGGACAUACAAGGGAGUUGAUGGUCAAUGCUAAGGACAACAUGUGUGACCAUUCAUUAUUAAAUAAUCCGCCCCCGUGUAAUAUAGCUGCACCCACUGAAGGUACAAGUAGAGUGCAAAGUGCAAUGAGGACUGAAAGUAAUUGCAUAAUUCAGUGCGAAGACGGAAAUAGUCCGAAGACUCCAGGUCAAGAACAGUUUGAGAAAGCCUGUGAAUUACUCAAAGGCUUUCCUAUUAUGUUAUUACUAAGAGAACUACACUUAGAUGUUAGAAGCAGCAUAUGCACAAGAUUAAAUACAGGGGGUUCUUACAUCAAACUAGCAUACUCUGUCUUCGAAGAUAACCAGGAUAACUUUUACAACUUCGACAAGGAGAUCCUGCUCGAUAAGUGUGAAUCUGUUUUUGAAAAAUGCAUCCAUGCAAAAGAUUUGAACGUCUUGGAUCUGCUUGAGCAUAUUGAUAAAAUAGGAAGAGUCGAUGUGAGGAACUAUCUGGCAAAGUAUAUAAUAGACAACUUUGAGAAAUUGAAGACACUUGCAAACGAAUCGACCGAUAAAGUGGGCACCAAUGUAUAAUAUUCAAAAACGAAUAAAACAUGGAAUAAUCGAACGAUUUUCUCCUUUACUUUUAUUAAUUAUCCCAUCGAACGAAGUUCGGAGGGAUAUAGGUAACGCCUCCAUCCGUCCGUAUGUCCAUCCGGGCGAUAACUCAAAUACUGUUGGCUCAAUUGGUCUAUAUUUUGUAUAUGUUGUAAUUCCGAUUUUCAAAGUGGCCGCUCGUUUAAAAAUGGUGGCCAUUUUACUGUCGAUUUUACAAUAA